AUUCUCUAAUUUCCUUAAUAAAUUUAUUCGCUAAAGAAUCCCCUUUAAUGAUGUUGUUUGGAUCAAUCAGGAACGCUGUGAGUUUGGCUCCUAGUGCGUUUAGCAGUGAAUCAACGCGUCCGCCCACAAGUCGCUGGAAUCAGUGCACCGGGCCAGAUAUCCAGCAUCAAUUCCAGUUCCAAACUCUCAUACAGCAAGAGAGAAAAAAAAUGAGCUCACCGAUCGUAACGCGACGUGGGGCGCAGCAGGCAAAGAUACAAACCCGCGCCAUGGCUAUGAAGUCGAGUUCGAAUUCGACUGCGACUGCGGCAUCGUCGUCAUCGUCGGGAGCGAUCAAAAGCAGCAGCGUCGGCGCCGAGCUGCCCAAACGGAGCGAAACCCUCUUGGAGGCAAAACGUCGCGCUCGAAACAUGCUCAAGAACCAAGGCAAUCCACCAGCCAUGCAGGAAACUGUGACGGAUAUAUUCCAGACAGCUGUCAAGUCGCGGCCUCUGGUGCGCGAAGAAACGGCUCUGGUCUACCAUCAGUCGAUGGAGCAGCAUUGCUGCCGCUGGGAUCCAAAACAUUUAAAGUGUCCGGAUCGGUUUAAUCGCGUUUUGGAUCGCUGCAACGAGCUGAAGCUAUUGGAUCGCUGCCUGCCAGUGUCCGCCAGGCUGGCCACCAAACAGGAGAUAUUCCGGCUGCAUACGGCCCAGCAUUUUGAACUGUUGGAGCAGACGUCCGAAGUGUGCGACGACCAGAGCAUGGAGGAGCUUAGCUCUCGCUUUGAUUCAAUAUACAUACAUCCGUCCACAUUUCAGUGCUCUUUGCUUGCCAGCGGAUCCACCAUUGAUCUGGUGGAUUCUAUAAUUACGGGCAAGGCGCAGAACGGCAUGGCCAUCAUCCGACCGCCAGGGCAUCAUGCCAUGAAGGCCGAAUUCAAUGGCUAUUGUUUCUUCAACAAUGUGGCCUUGGCCGCUCAGCAUGCCCUUGACGUACAUAAGCUGGAGCGCAUCCUGAUCCUUGACUACGAUGUCCAUCAUGGUCAGGGCACACAGCGCUUCUUCUACAACGAUCCCGUGAGAGAUUUUGAUCCAUAAAAUAGGGUGCUGUAUUUCUCUAUACAUCGCUUCGAGCACGGCGCCUUCUGGCCACAUCUGCAGGAGUCGGACUACCAUGCCAUAGGCGAGGGCCCUGGCCUGGGCUUCAACUUCAAUGUGCCGCUCAAUGAGACAGGAAUGGGCGACGGGGACUACAUGGCCAUCUUCCAGCAGCUGCUACUGCCCGUGGCAAUGGAGUACCAGCCGGAACUGAUCAUCGUCUCGGCCGGCUAUGAUGCGGCCCUGGGCUGUCCCGAGGGUGAAAUGCAGGUGACGCCCGCCUUCUAUGCGCAUCUGCUCAAUCCGCUGCUCCGACUGGCCGACUCCCGUGUGGCCGUCGUGCUCGAAGGAGGCUACUGCCUUGAAUCUCUGGCCGAGGGAGCGGCCCUCACGAUGCGCACCCUGCUGGGUGAUCCCUGCCCCGUGCUGGUCGAGCCGCUGCUCCCGCCGAAGCGUUCGAUGUCCAAAUCCAUUCUCAACUGCAUAUUUGCUCACCGGCCGUACUGGCGUUGCCUACAGCUGCAGGGUACCUACGAUCCAUCAGAGCUGAAGACCAAGGAUCGGAAUCGGGACUUGCAUAUUGUAGAACGUGCAUGGGUUGGCGGACCGCCACCCGUUACCGUUUAUCCGACGCGGGACACCUCCGUGCAACACCUCAUUCCCGUUGCGGUAGUGGCCGGUAACACGGCCCGAUUGCACCGACUGCGGCUGGAGACCAUUCUGACGGUUCCUGCAGUUCGUGUGUGCUACGCUUACAAUCCCGAGAUGAUGGAACACCGCAACCUGGACGACCUGGGCCAUCCGGAACAGCCGAAGCGCAUCCAGUUCAUACACAAAAUGCACGAGGAUUAUCAGCUGCUCGGCCGCAUGAAGCAGCUGUCUGCGCGGGCGGCCACCACCGACGAGAUCUGUCUGGCGCACAGUCGCUCCCACGUAAACACAAUGCGGCGGGUGCUGGGCCGAGACAAGGAGGAUCUCCAGGCGCAGGCAGCGACCUACAAUUCAGUAUACUUGCAUCCGGCCACGUUUGGUUGCGCCACCCUGGCCGCUGGAUCCGUUCUCCAGGCGGUAGACAGUGUGCUCCGCGGGGAGUCCCGCAGUGCGAUCUGCAAUGUCCGUCCGCCUGGCCACCAUGCGGAGCCGGACCAGCCGCACGGUUUCUGCAUCUUCAACAAUGUUGCCAUUGCCGCCCAGUACGCCAUCCGGGAGUUUGGCCUGAAGCGUGUGCUAAUCCUCGACUGGGAUGUCCACCACGGCAAUGGCACCCAGCACAUUUUCGAGUCAAAUCCGAAGGUACUGUACAUCAGCGUCCAUCGCUACGAGAACGGAACAUUCUUCCCGAAGGGCCCCGACGGCAACUACGAUGUGGUGGGCAAGCAUGCGGGAGCCGGCUUUAAUGUCAAUAUACCAUGGAAUAAGAAGGGCAUGGGGGAUCUGGAGUACGCUUUGGCCUUCCAGCAGAUCGUAAUGCCAAUUGCGUACGAGUUCCAGCCGGAACUGGUGCUCGUGUCGGCGGGCUUCGAUGCGGCCAUCGGGGAUCCUCUAGGGGGCUGCAAAGUCUCGCCCGAGGGCUACGGUCUGUUCACCCACUGGCUGUCUGCCCUGGCCGGUGGCCGGAUAGUUGUGUGCCUCGAAGGCGGCUACAAUGUCAACUCCAUUUCGUAUGCGAUGACCAUGUGCACAAAGACGCUGUUGGGGGAUCCGGUGCCGACGCCACAGCUGGGGGUGGUUGCCCUGACAAGGCCGCCGACAACGGCCUUCCAGAGCUGCCUGGAGACGCUACAGUGCUGCGUGGAGGUGCAGCGUCAGUAUUGGAAGUCGCUGGAGUUUGUUGGCUACCGGCUGCCGCAUGGCUACCAGAUUGGGGAGAACAACAACGAGGAUUUUCUUGCCGCUUCCUUGCUGAAGUUGAAUAUUUCAAGUGACGAUGCCCAGGGCGCGGCGGGCGGCCCCACCGACGGCGAUCAGGCCGAUCCAGGGCAGGAACGGCCCAGCGACAGCAAGCCCAAAGUCAAGGUAAAGCCGCCCAAUCAUUCAACGGCCGCGCCAGAGGAGCAAUAAACACGAGGGCGCCGUGCGGCGAGUGCAUCUCUAGGUCGGAGAACUGGAUGUGUUUGAGCUGUCAUUAUAUUGGCUGUGGGCGCUACGUGGGCCGGCACAUGCAGAGGCACUGCGAGGCUCUCGAACAUACACUGGUGAUGCGCUUACAGGACCAUGCCGUGUGGUGCUAUGUGUGCGGCGUUUACCUCGAUAGUCCGCGACUCUUCGAAUACAAGAAUCGGGCGCAUCAGGACAAAUACGGGAGACCGCUGGCCUGGCGCUAUCCCUGUGCGAAGCGUGCCGAUGGCUGUUAUCCGUUGGAUCCCGAAUCGGAUUCGGAGGAGGAGGCCGAUCAUAUUGCCAAUGGGAGCUAUCUCCAGGAGGCCCAGUGACCCUUGCUGUUACGCGUCCUGCACGCCCUCACAGAUUAUAUGUGCACGUUGUGCCCACCAUUCAGACACAUACUCCAGUUCCUGGUCGAGCACAUGUGGCCGCUCCUGGAACGCACUUACCUUAAGAUUAUACAAUUUUUUUUGGGCAAUUAAGACAGACACGUACGUACUCGGCCUAUACUCUCUCCCUCGUUCCCCUUUGGAUACAAACGAGCGCGUCAACCGCGCGCUUGUUACAUAAAUUAAUUGUUGCAUGGGAGCUGUUUGUUGGCGGUUCCCUUUAAUGAAAAAAAAACCCUAAGCGAAUAGAAAUUGUUAAUGUUAUGAUGAACUAAUAAUUAUAUUACAUGUGUAAUAAAGAUGUCCAGUGUUAAGCAACUAUAA